UCACAGAGCGCAUGCGUGCCGCGGGGGAUGCCGGGAGCGCGCAGUGGCGGCAGCGGCAGCGGCGGCGACGGCAGUAACAGCGGCGGCUCCAGCGGGGACGCGAGCGGGGCGGUGACCGUGUGGGAGGUGGUCUCACUCUUAGGGAAACUGCUGGGCACCGUCGCCGCACUGAAGGUGGUUCUGUACCUGCUCCGGGUGUGCUUAGCGAUGGCCUGGAAAUCCGGCGGCGCCAGCCACUCGGAGCUAAUCCACAACCUCCGCAAAAAUGGAAUCAUCAAGACAGAUAAAGUAUUUGAAGUGAUGCUGGCUACAGACCGCUCCCACUAUGCAAAAUGUAAUCCUUACAUGGAUUCUCCACAAUCCAUAGGUUUCCAAGCAACAAUCAGUGCUCCACACAUGCAUGCAUAUGCACUAGAACUUCUAUUUGAUCAGUUGCACGAAGGAGCUAAAGCUCUUGAUGUAGGAUCUGGAAGUGGAAUCCUUACUGCCUGUUUUGCACGUAUGGUAGGAGCUUUAUUUUUCAUUUUGUUUCUAAAGCAUGCCUUUUUCCUUUCAGUGGGGGAUGGAAGAAUGGGAUAUGCCACAGAGGCCCCUUAUGAUGCUAUUCACGUAGGAGCUGCAGCCCCAGUUGUACCCCAGGCACUAAUAGACCAGUUAAAGCCUGGUGGAAGAUUGAUAUUGCCAGUCGGUCCUGCAGGUGGAAACCAAAUGUUGGAGCAGUAUGACAAGCUACAAGAUGGCAGUGUCAAAAUGAAGCCUCUGAUGGGGGUGAUAUACGUGCCUUUAACAGAUAAAGAAAAGCAGUGGUCCAGGGAUGAAUUGUAAAAGCAACAUCGGCUUGACCAGUCUCUAAUAUUAUAGUGGAUUGCUCAUCUCAGUCCUCAAAGCUUUUUGAAAAUCAACACCAUCACAGCUUGUUUUGGACUUUGUUACACUAUUAUUUUCAGCAUGAAAAUGUGUGGUUUUUUUAGGGUUUCUAAUUCUUCAAAGAGGCAGAGAGCCAAAUUGGUAGAUGAAGGAUGCAGAGUAUAAAGUUGUGUAUUAUGACUUUAACAUGCCCACAUUUUACUUUGAAAUAUUAAAAGAAAGGGUUCUACAAAAUGGAAAA